AUGCCAUGCCCUCCCGGCAUCUCCUGCCUUCUUUUAUUCCUUCCCUCCCCCUUCCGUUUCGAGAUCUUGCCUCUUUUCCCUCUUUCCGGACCGACUCCUAAACUGCCUCUCUCUCUUACUCUCUCUUCUCUUGCCGUCUGUCAUUGUUCAUUGCAUUGCGUCUUGCCCCCUUCGUCACUGCACCCAUUGCAUGCAACCUCGGCUGAACGAAUACACGCCCAGUCCGGCUCGACGCUGCAACCCACGCUCCUUUGCAUUCGCCCUCACGACCACGUCACUUCACGCCAUUGGCACCGGAUAGAUUCACUCAGCAAGCGUUUUCGACUCUCGUCGGGCCAUACAAGCAGCCGAUCACACCACACAUCAUCCUGCUGGUCGACGUUUCCCCCGUUUGCAGCGAAUCUCUUCACCAACAAAGCGAGGACGUGCAAGGGGGCCACUUACAGCAAACGCCGCCCCCCCAAGUCUCAUACUUGGCCGUUUGGUGCAGCACUCACACACCGGAAUUGUAUGUAA